AUGAAGUUCACCAGUGUUGCAGUUCCUCUUCUCUUUUCGGGCGCGGCGCUUGCAGUCCCUCUUUCCGAAGAAAAUCUGGCUCGUCGCGAGGCAAAUCGGCAGGCUCGCAGCCCUCGUCAUGGGCAGCAUUCCCAUAAAAACCUGCGCGUCGACAGCGUUCAGACUGAAGACGGCAACUUCACCGCAGAAUCAUAUUCGUCCAACUGGGCUGGCGCAGUCCUGAUCGGAUCUGGCUAUACCUCUGUUUCCGGCACAUUUGUCGUGCCCUCUGUCAGCGUCCCUAGCGGCGGUGAUUCCAGCAAGCAAUACUGCGCUGCUGCUUGGGUGGGCAUUGAUGGAGACACCUGCGGCUCUGCUAUUCUACAAACUGGCGUCAAUAUAUGCAUUCAGAACGGCGCCAUCACCAAUACUGCUUGGUAUGAAUGGUUCCCGGCUGCGCAGGAAUACUGGGAUUCGGGCAUCAGCAUCAAUACUGGUGACACAGUCACAGCAGUCGUAACUGCUGACAGUACCAGCGGUGGUUCUGCCACCGUGACUAAUGAGUCCAACGGCCAGAGCGUUAGCUACACCUUCACUGGUCAAUCGGCUACCUUGUGCGAGACUAAUGCUGAGUGGAUCAUGGAGGACCUUUCUGCUGGCGGCGGAUUGGUGCCAUUCGCCAACUUCGGUAGCUCGUUUGCCAUCACGGGAGCUUCUGCUACUUCCAACGGGGCUUCUGUGGACACCACUGGGGCUACCAUUAUGGACAUUAGCCAAAACAAUGCCGUGCUCACAUCGACUACUGCCUCUGGAAGCACUGUCGAUAUCUCAUAUAUUGGCUCUUAA